UGUCGCUCUUUCAGCCUAUUCUGUAUCUCUCCUUCAGGAUGAAUAAGUUUCGUUUUGGCGGCUCCGAUGAGUCGGCAUCGGAUCUUGAUGACGAUACUUCCAGCCUUCCAUUCCCGGAACCCUUGUCUCGUACUUCUUUUCUUUCUCCGGAUUUCGACCCCGCAACUUACCUCUCCUCAUUGACCAACCGACACCAGAGCUUGGAAGACUUGCGACAAGAGCUACGAGAUCUAGACCAAUCGCUCAGCCGAGAGUUGCUCGACCUGGUCAACGAGAAUUAUCAGGACUUUCUCUCUUUGGGAAUCGCAUUGCAAGGUGGGGAAGAGAAGGUCGAACAGGUACGAGUCGGACUCUUGGCAUUUCAGCGCGACGUCCGCACCAUUUGCGACAAGGUGGAGGCUCGUCAGCGGGAAGUCGAGGGACUGCUGAAGGAGAAAAAGCGACUGAAGGGCGAAGUUAAUGUCGGACGCGCGUUGCUGGACUACGCCGAUCGCAUCGAAGAGCUCGAGAGAAAGCUGAUGAUUGGAGACACCGCGCGUCAAUCUCGCGAUAAGAGCUCGGUAGCCGAGCUCGACUCGGAUUCUGAUCUGCUGGAUAGUGCCAGCGAUGACAGUGAGGAAGAGGACAUUGCACCUGGGGCUUCGGCAACAGCGCUCGUAUCGCUGAAAACUAUUGAGCACCAUAUUCAGAAAUAUUUGUACUUGAUGCGGCUAUCGGCCCGAAUCAGCGAUGACCAUCCAUUCAUACAGGGUCAGCGACCUCGGGUCUCGAAGAUCCGGUCAGCUGUGCUCCUGGACUUGAAAACAGCCCUGGACCAAGCGACCCCUGCGGGUGACAAGCGAGACAAGAGAACGAUGGCUAUCUUACGCCUUUACAAGAUCAUGGGGGAGGAAGCCACAGCGGUGUUCGCACUGAAAACCAUGAAGUCGUAG